AUGAAGAUCCUCACAAAAGAACAAGAACAAGCUCACUACCGCGAGACCCUCAAGGGCGGUCUCGUCGGUGGUCUCAGCGGUCUGGCGCUGGGCGCAACGGGCGUGGUGUUCGCCCACCGCCGCUACCAAUUCUUUCGCAACCUGACAAUCCCUCUGAAGGCGUUCCUGAUGACGAGCGCCGGCACCUUCGGCGGCAUUGUCACUGCAGACCACUAUUCCCGCGCCUUCGAGGCCGACAGUAAUCCGAUUCAGAGGGAAUAUAAAGAGAUGGAGACCGAGAAGGCCGAGGCUGAGCGAGCAAGCAAGACAUUUACCGAGCGUGCCCUAGAAUUUGGCCGGAAAGAGCGAUACAAGAUUGUGUUCGGGUCGUGGGCGGGCUCUAUGGUGGCUGCUUUCGCCCUGGUCAACCGCAACAAAUACAUGACGGGCCAGCAGAAGAUCGUCCAAGCCAGAGUGUAUGCCCAAUUUCUGACCCUGGGCGUCCUCGUCCUCACUGCCGCCUUCGAGAUCGCCGACUCACGCAACUCAGAAGGCCACUACGAGACCGUUCGCUACGUUGACCCCAACGACCCGGAGCAUAAGCGCAUCCUGGAGAAACAGGUGCAGCGUGAGGUCUCGAGUCAAGGCACCGGUGGUGGAAACGAUGACCUGUGGAAGGAGAUGGUCGCCGCGGAGGAGGAACGCAUGAAAGAACGCGAGGCUCGUCACAAGGAGCAUUUGCAACACCACCACAAGAAGCAGAAUGGAAAUGGAGAUGGAAAGAAGAAGGCUGAGAAGCAGGAAUUGCAGGAAUCUCAGGAGGGGAAAUAA